UAUUUGCGCAGGCGGGCCCAGCAAGAGAAGAAAGGAAACCCGCGGCGCUCUCGAAUUCUGAUUUCUGCAGCCUGCGCCGCCCUUUGCUUUGCUGCCAUCGGUGGAAGAGAUAGAGAGAGAGAGAACAAAGGGGAGCGGCAGGCGGCAGGCAGCCCGUACGGCGGUGCGGGGGGAGCGGCGUACUACCGUAUCCCACCACCACCCCCACCGGCACGGGGCCGCGUUUACCGGGUGCGCGGCACUACCACGCACGGGCCCUUUUUUCUGGUGCGCGCCCUCAAUGCGCUAUUGAUACACCCCCUGGGCUCUGGCUGGCUAGCUGGCUGGCCAGGCUCCUCCUCCUCGGCCUCGAUCCGCUUCUCCUCCUCUGCCCGCCUACCUGGAGCGGGGAGCGGGAAGAGCGGCGGCGGGAGCCCGGCAUUCUGAUCCGCUUCUCCGCGCGCAACACCGGCCUGCCGCAAAUGAUUCUUGGGAAGCCCUGUACCUGACUACUGGAUCCACUACCAAGCUCUUCAAGUUCCAGGAUCCAUUCCUCUUUGUCGGGCAAGAGCUCUUGGCCUCUGUGGAUUAUCAGCCUGAUUCACAACUCUCUGCAAGAAUUCGAGCGCAGAUGGGCCAAGAAAGCGCGGCUGACGCGAUUCCUGGUUUGAUGGUUUCUGUUGGUGUUUCGGGCUAACAGACUCUCUUUUUUUUGUUUACUUCCUCAAAGUUCCACUUCAACAUAUGGAUCCGGGCUUCCCGAGUUGGAAUCUGAUCACUCGCGUCAGUGCUUCUUAGCUUCCUUCAUUUGCCGUCAUGGAGGAGCAGAACUCAUGGCUUAUUAGGACCAAGUUCUCCCAUACUGUCUACACUAGAGUGGAUCCACGAAGAGUAGCAGCUGUUGCUCCGGUGGGCAAAGAUGUGGUGCUGCCUUUUGCUCCGCUUAGUAAGGAUGUUGAGCGGAAGCUGCAGAAAAUUUUCAGUAUGAAGAAGUCUGCAUCGAUGCCUGUUGAUCGGGAUGAUGAAGACACAGGGACUGCAUUCAAGCACUGCGCUAGCUUGCCGCUAGUCCGGUCCUCGCCUCAGCUUGAUAGGGACAAGGUCAACAAGCCCAGGAGGGCGGGCCUGGAGGUUCCUGCAAGCCCCCCGAUGAACUCAGAGAGUUGCAAGACACCAAAGGCAAGGAGCCUGGUCAAGAGCCCAAGUUCGAUGAUGCUCCUGAGCUACUUGAACAAGGCACCAUCAAACCAAGGCUACAGUCCGCAAAAGGCUUAUGGAUCUCGGCCCAGACCGAGAUCAAAGUCCCCCCUUCCCAGUAUCGCGCCUUCGGAAGUGUUCAGGGAAGCGAAGUCUACCAGCAAGAGGUUUGCAAGCCCUCCUCCACAGCGAAGAGGAUCUGAAAAGAGUAUCUAUGGCAAAUCGUUUGCUAGACAGGUGUCGGAUAUUGGUCAGAGUCCUGAUUGGUGUUCAACUCCAGUGGUAUCUGGUAAGCACAAGUCUCAAAAGAAUAGUGCUUGGUCAAGGAAAUCCAGCGGUGGAAGGAGGAUUAGCGCAGUAAACCCUGCGGAUGAUCGUAGGGCGCAGAUGGUUAGAAUGAAUCAGGCGGUGCAGACGACGUUCGAUUGGACGCUCGAUCCAUCCAAGCUGCUUGUUGGGCACAGGUUUGCUAGUGGAGCGUGUAGCCGGCUGUACAAGGGGUUCUAUGAUGAGAAGCCAGUUGCAAUUAAAUUUAUCCGCCAACCUGAUGAUGACGACAAUGGGAAGACGGCUGCAAAGCUUGAGAAGCAGUAUAACAGUGAGAUCAAUUCGUUGUCUCACCUGUACCAUAGGAACGUGAUCAAGCUUGUAGCAGCCUACAAAUGCCCACCGGUUUUUUACAUCAUCACCGAGUUCCUUCCCGGAGGCUCGUUAAGGUCAUACCUAAACAACACGGAGAACCACCCAAUCCCUCUGGAGAAGACCAUAUCCAUCGCUCUCGACAUCGCUCGAGGUCUGGAGUACGUACACUCUCAAGGGAUCGUUCACCGCGACAUCAAGCCCGAGAACAUCCUCUUCGACGAGGACUCGUGCGUGAAGGUCGCUGAUUUCGGUAUCGCCUGCGAGGAGACCUUGUGUGACGUGCUUGUGGAGGAUGAAGGCACCUACAGGUGGAUGGCGCCUGAGAUGAUCAAGCAGAAGGCGUACAACCGGAAGGUGGACGUCUACAGCUUCGGGCUGGUCAUGUGGGAGAUGGUGUCCGGUAGAGUUCCUUACGAGAACCUGACCCCUUUCCAGGUGGCUUACGCAGUGGCCAACAGGAACUUGAGGCCAACGAUUUCUCCAGAAUGCCCAUCGGCCCUCGGGCCCCUGAUCGAGCAGUGCUGCGCCUUGCAGCCUGACAAGAGGCCCGACUUCUGGCAGAUCGUCAAAGUCCUGGAGCAGUCCCACUCCAUCCUCUCGCAGGGUGGCUGCCUCGACGCGCAGAAGAGCGGCACCUGCCAGGACCCCAAGAAGCGGCUCAUGCAGUGGAUCCAGAAGCUGAAACCAACGCAUGGCGCCUGAGUAACCGAGUUCUUACAGGCUAUAGCAUCGUUUCAGCCGCAGUUUUUUUUUUCUUUUCUGUCUAGUUGGGUAUGCUCUCAGUAGUUUAGACCUGUUAAGGAGGAUCCUUGGUUUAAGGAACCAGCGUUCUAAGGCGGAUGCUCGUAGCUGUGUGACCAACCACUGGUCUGCGAGCAUAGAUCUUGCAGUAGCUGUACAUGGUUAUGCUUUUGCAUCUCGUCUCCCCAUCAUGUUAAAACUUCCCUGCAGGUUGUUCUCA